GAGUCGUGAGUUUCUUUGGCAAGAAGGGCAUACUGCUUUUGCUACAAAGGAGGAGGCAGAUGCUGAGGUUCUAGAUAUAUUAGAGCUCUAUAGACGUAUAUAUGAAGAGUUCUUGGCUGUUCCCGUUAUAAAGGGGAAGAAAAGUGAGCUGGAGAAAUUUGCUGGUGGACUGUAUACUACAACUGUUGAGGCUUUUAUUCCAAAUACUGGCCGAGGUAUUCAAGGAGCAACAUCCCACUGCUUGGGACAAAAUUUUGCGAAAAUGUUUGAGAUUAACUUUGAAAAUGAGAAGGGGGAAAAGGCUAUGGUCUGGCAGAAUUCCUGGGCGUACACCACCCGAACAAUUGGGGUGAUGAUAAUGGUUCAUGGCGAUGAUAAAGGCCUGGUGCUGCCUCCAAAAGUUGCAGCAACCCAAGUAAUUGUAAUUCCAGUGCCCUACAAGGAUGCUGAUACUCAAGGGAUCUUAGAUGCAUGUGCCGCAACAGUGAAAACAUUGUCUGAAUCAGGUAUUCGUGCUGAAGCAGACUUCAGAGACAAUUAUUCUCCAGGCUGGAAGUAUUCACAUUGGGAGAUGAAGGGCAUCCCUCUCAGGAUUGAAAUAGGGCCAAAGGACCUUGCUAAUAAGCAGGUGCGUGUUGUACGCCGGGAUAAUUCGGCUAAAUCUGAUAUCCCCAUGGAUAGCUUGGUUGAAAAGGUAAGAGAAGUGCUGGAUGAAAUCCAGCAAAGCCUGUUCAGUGUUGCGAAACAAAAGAAAGAAACGUGCAUCAAGGUUGUAAAAACUUGGGAGGAGUUCCUUGAAGCUCUGAGCCAAAAGAAACUGAUUUUGGCUCCAUGGUGCGAUGAAGAGGAGGUGGAGAAGUCUGUUAAAGAACGGACGAAAGGGGAAAUGGGAGCGGUCAAGACCCUCUGCUCUCCAUUUGACCAGCCAGAGUUGCCAGAAGGGACUUUGUGCUUUGCCUCGGGAAAACCAGCCAAGAAGUGGAGUUACUGGGGGCGCAGCUAUUAGACUACACUUUUUACCUCUAUUCAAACUUGUUUGUGGGGAUUUGAAAACCCCUUGAGAGAUUGUUAGAAAUUAUCAGGACGAAUCUAUACAAACUUUGAUCCCAUUUGCUUUGUGCAAUUGUUUUGAAAUCUUUAAUACUAGUGGCACAUUGAUCCACUACUUUCAGGGACUAGACAAAUAGUAAUGUAUUGAUGUUGUAGUUGACCAGAGUUGAAAGCUAUUUCUCGGCAGUACCAUUUUUGUCUUCUUCCAA